GGGCGGGGCAGGGCGUGAGCCGGGCGGAGCCGAAUGUAUCCGGGCGGAGCCGAACAGAGCCGAUCGCAGGCAGGGCAGAUUGCCGCGCAGUUGAGCGGUGUUGGAGGUGCGCGAGCUCGCCAUGGCCGCCAAGAAGCUGAUCGUGGUGUUCGGGGCCACCGGGGCGCAGGGCGGCUCCGUGGCGCGGGCUCUGCUGGAGGACGGCACGUUCGCGGUGCGCGCCGUGACCCGCAGCCCGGGCAGGAAGGAGGCGGCGGAGCUGGGGCGGCUGGGCGCCGAGCUGGUGCGGGCGGACCAGGACGACGAGCGGUCGCUGGAAGGGGCCCUGGCGGGCGCCUACGGGGCCUUCGUCGUGACCAACUUCUGGGAGCACUGCAGCAAGGAGAAGGAAGUUGCGCAGGGGAAGCGGCUCGCUGACCUGUCGAAGCGCCUGGGUUUGCGCCACGUGGUGUACAGCGGCCUGGAGAACGUGAAGAAGCUGACAGGGGGCCGCCUGGAGGUGCUCCACUUUGACGGCAAAGGAGAGGUGGAGGAGUACUUCCGAGCCAUCACCGUGCCCAUCACAUCCGUCCGGCUGCCGUUCUACUACGAGAACUUCCUGUCCAGCUUCAAGCCCCAGAAGGCCCCACAGGGAGACAAGUUUUUACUGGGUCUGCCCAUGGGGGACAUCCCCAUGGAUGGGAUGGCAGUGGAGGAUUUGGGGCCCGUUGUGCUCAGCCUGCUGAAGUCCCCCGAGCAGUACAUAGGCCAAGUGAUCGGGCUCAGCACUGGCAAGCUCACCGUGGCGGAGUACGCCGCUGCCUUCUCCCAGCAGACAGGCAAGACCGUGGAAGACUCCAAGAUCACCCCAGAGGAGUACGAGAAACUUGGCUUCCCUGGGGCAAAGGAACUGGCCGAAAUGUUCCGCUUCUAUGCCCUGAAGCCAGACCGCAAUGUGGAGCUGACCAUGAAACUCAACCCCAAGGCCCGCACCUUCCAGCAGUGGCUGGCUGACAACAAGGCUGCUUUCUGACCUCCUGUUCUCCAGCCUUCCACCCGGGCUCCUGCAGCCAUAGCAGGAACUGGCCAUGGGCCGUGCAGCUGAUGGCUAGUGCUUGGGGGCUGCCUUACAGGGGCAGCGUGCUGAGGGGAGAGGUGGGAAGAGCUUUGCUGUGACUGCUUGGUGGAGACUGCUUCCAGACAGCUGCAGGCAGACCGGUGGGAGAAGCACUACUUUGCACACUAUCUUGAGGGAGGUGUUUAGUGAUUUGAGGUGUUUUCAUGUCUGUGGGGUGGUGGCUUAAUUUCCCAGGAUCACUUUUCCUAGGCAGCUCUAAGCACAACGUGGCGCACUCAGCUGUCAGCAGCUCUGUGCCCAGAAAGGCAGUGCCUUCUCUCAGACCUUCCAGGUACCCCCAAACCAGCUCUGGUUUCUCCUUGGACCAUGUUCAGGCAUCACAGGUAAGCCAGCAGACACAGCAGCACACUUGCCCUGCGUUAGCAUCACCCUGGCAAAGAGGUGUCCUUAGCCUGUCAGUGCUGGGGGGACUGUGCUGUGUAACCCCACAGCUGUGCUGCCAGGCUCCUGCUGAGAGCCUCAUUCCUCAAGCGACACAGCUCUCAGCAGCUGCAGCCCGGCCUCUGGGCUCCCGGGACCAAUUUCAAACACCACCCUCAUUAGCUGAGUAAAACUUCUGCCAGAUUGUCCAACCUUGGCAUUUAAGACUCAUUUAAAAAGCUUUCCUCACCAUCCCCAAAGGUAUCAUUGGGGUAAGAGCUCUGGGACGUGGCUGUUAUUGUGCUUAAGAGUCAGCUGCAGCCAUGAGACAGCUGUUCUGUUAUCUAGCCCUGCCCUCUCAGUCCUAGCCCCAGCAACAGCCAAACCAGCAGAGGAAGGAGGUGUGAAGAGUAAACAAGGCAGCAAGGCACAGCACAUGUUAAAUAUCUUUAUCAAGUCCAUCUUAUUUACAUGAAUACAGAAUCACUUUACAGACUUCAAUCAGGAGGCAACGCGUGCUUUAUUUCAGCAAAUUAAGGGCAAGACUACGACGUUCUCGUUGAACUGAUGGAUUAGUAUGUGGGCUGAUGGUAGCUGCACGGUACAGCAAACAGCAGGGUACAUUAAACCAUGAAAAUACUCACUGCAAGAGCUCAACUCCACCUGGUAGGAGUGAUCCGCUUCACCUGUAUUCUCACACUUGUAAGAUCAAUGACUUUUUGACCAAUCGUUUAUGCUAGGGGUGUUGUGCUAAUGUAAUAAAAUAGUUUGGGCAUACUGGCA